AUGACGGUCCGAAUGGUCUUGGUGGUGUGCGCUGCGCUUUUCCUGGCGGGCAUUGCGGAGGGUCAAUCGGACCCCAGUGAAGCUAAUGCUCUCGUCAUCAUCAAGGCCUCGGCCGGCGCCCCCCCCGGCCUGAUUACGUGGAACGGUACGGAUCCCUGCGGAUCCGCUUGGUUGGGAGUGCAGUGCACGCCUGUGAACGGCGACCAGACGAGAUACGUGACAGGCCUGCAACUCCCGGGCUUCGGUCUCAGCGGAAGUCUCUCCCCCGCGCUGGGCAUGCUUCCAAACCUGCAGAUCCUAGACCUGAGCCAGAACCAGCUCGAGGGGGGGAUCCCCCGCGAGUUCCAGAACCUGACGAAGCUUGAGCAAUUGGACCUGCACGGCAACCACCUGGUCGCCACGCUGGACCCGUGGGUGGGCGCCAUGCCGCGCCUAGUUCGCAUGGACCUCAGCCGCAACUCCGUCUGGGGACCGCUGCCCGAUAACCUCUUCCGCCUCACCGAGCUCCAGCAACUCAACCUGGGCGGGUGUGUUUUCACCGGAGCCAUUCCCGCCGCAGUCGCCAAUCUCACAAGCCUGCGGCUGCUCGACCUCAGCUUCAACUACCUGAAAGGCCCCAUUCCCGAGACGCUCGGCCAGAUGACCCAACUGCAAGCACUGCUUCUGCAAAACAACACUUUCUCGGGCACGGUUUCCCCUUCGCUGGCCGGCCUAACAAGUCUCAACUACCUGUUUCUGCAAGGCAACAACCUGACGGGUGCGCUGCCACCGGAACUGAUGGCUCUUCCCAACUUGAUUGCGAGGUACGACGGCAAUCCGCUUUGCCAGCUGUCCGAGAACCAGCCCCUCUGCGCCGUUCUCCCCCGAAACACCCCCCCAGACCCCGAGCUCGCCCUCAGCCCAAUGCCCCCCCCGUCUCCGAUCACAGUUUCCACAAGCGCCCCCGGUGUUUCCGUUCUGGGGGGCAACCCCGGCACUGCGCUGACCAUGGCGCAGACCCCCCUGGGAGGAGUAUGCGUCCCAGGAACCCCCAACGUGUGCGCGUGCGGGGAAGGGAAGAUGGGUCAGGGGGUGUGUGCCGAAAACGGGGCGGCGAUUGUCGACUGUAGCUGCCAAAGCGAAUCUUCCAACAACCAGGGACUAAACACCACGACUAUCCUGGUCGCCGUCUUGGCCGCCUGUUUUGGCCUGGGGCUGUCGGCCGUCGCAUUCUGUUGCGUGCUCGCGUGCAUGCGCCGCCAAAAUAGGAAGGGCGGUCGUUUCUGUUUGAAACCUUCCAAAACGGCGGAGUUCGACAUCGAAAGUGGUCGCCAGUUUCCGGCAAGUUCCCACAGCUUCAUCACCGGAGCCUCCCUCUCCCCCCCCCAAAAACCCACUAUUCCCAAGACCCCCAAAACGCCCAAAACGCCCAAAACGCCCCGCGCCUCGAGCAGCGUCGCCAGCAGCGCUUCCAGUCGGAGCGUCGUUUCGUCCCGGGGGGGUUUCCAGCCCCCUGUUUUGACCCUCCCCUCCGCGGCGCGCUCUCCGUGGGGGGGCUCUUUGCUGCCCUACCCGGCCCCCCCUUCCUCCGCCCGUUCCCCCAUUCUAGUUCCGGGCACCCCCCAUUCAAUCUCCAGUACUCGCUUCGCCUCCGCUUUUGGCGGAGACUCCGUGAGAAACUCACUGCAAGAAGACGACAAAGGGAGCGUCUUUUCGCUCGCGCGCAGCCAGCUGUCGAAUCCGCUCUACGAAGCCUCCGUGGGGGGGCGGAAAAACCCGCUUUACGAGGGGGAAGGAGACGGGCCGAAGCCGGGGGAUCCCCAUCUGUUCUCGUUCGAGGAGCUCGCGGCCGCGUCCGAGAAUUUCAGCGCUGAGCGGCUGCUGGGCGGCUCAGGGUUUGGGAGGGUUUACCUGUGCGCGGUCGGGGGGCGGAGCCUGGUGGUCAAGCGGCUGAACGAUUUGCAGACUCUCGGUGCGCUAAACAGGGGACCCCUGCACGACCGGUUUGAACCGGAGGUGGGUCUGAUGGCCCGGUUGAACCACCCCCACGUGAUGCGCUUGGUCGGGUACUGCAACGAGGGCUCGGAGCGCUGCCUCGUCUCGCCCUACAUGCUCAACAAGUGUCUGCACGAGAGACUGCACGGAAGCAGCUUCUUCCGCAUGUGCCUCGACUGGGAGCAGCGCCUGCGGAUCGCGGCGCAGGCCGCGGGCGCCCUGGCGUAUUUACACCAGUACGGCAUCGUCCACCGCAACUUUUGCUCCAGCAACGUGCUGCUCGAUGUGAAUAUGCGCGCGGUGGUUUCCGAUUUCGGCCUCGCGCGGCUGAGCGUCGGUGGGGGGUCGGUCGCCGAGGAGGUGACGUCACUGCUCGUGGGCGCGAGCGGCUACAUGGCGCCAGAGUACGGCAAGCGCCAGGGUGACGUCACCGAGAAGGCUGACGUGUACAGCUUCGGGGUGGUGCUGCUGGAGCUGAUGACGGGCCGCCGCGCGCUGUCGUCAGAAGGCGAGCCGCUCGCGCACUGGGCCGCCAGGUGCAUUCCCCAGGGGCGCGCGCGCGUAGACAGUCUCAUCGACCCGCAGCUCAAGGGCACGUGGCCGUCGCUGGCUUUCUUCUGGACGGCGGAGCUGGCGGGGGCGUGCAUCGACGCGCGGCCGGACGCGCGACCCAACAUGGCCGACGUGGCGCAAGCGCUCAGCUUCAUUUUGCAGCACGCCGCGACCCGCCGGCCUCCUCCGACCGGAGAGAAGGAGGAGCCGCGCCACGUCCGUGGCUCGGGCGGCGCAUCCGAGGCAUCCGCACUGCCGAAACGCGACUGGAUUAGCCCGGGGAAUACCGAACCGAACACUCCGAUCAGCGAGGGAUCCCCCCGGAGCAAAUCCCCGGGGGGCGAUGAUAACUCCCCUCGGAGUCAGGACGACUCCCCCCGGAGCGCUUUCCCGGGCAGCGAGGGAUCCCUCCUGAGCGUUUCGCUGGAAAGCGACGGAUCCCCCCGGAGCAACUCCCCGGGUAGCGAGGGAAUGGAAAGAGCGCUCCUGGCCCGGGGGAUCCCCCGGCCGGGGCGCCUGGCGAUCACAAUGGAUGCGAUUGAUUUGAACAGGAACCGGGCUGCGAAACCUGGGAGAGCUUGAUUGACAAGAAUGGCACAGCUGAAAACUGGUCACUUACCUGUUUUCCGGAUUGGGCGUGAGCUGAGGGGAGGAAGUGGUACGGAAUGGAGUAAAUUCAGGGAGCGCCAGACUUAAACUCCUACGUAUAUUAUAUCAGAUUACGAUGUUUGCUGACUGAUCGAAUGGGAUCUUAGGUGUGUAAACACGGGCCUAAUCUGGAACGGGCCCGCUUUUCCUUCGACAUCUGCUGGAAAGGGCGAGGAGAAGCCUUCCUCGCUUGCAUAGUAUGAGGGGCUGACAUUGACAAGUCCUCAAUCUCCGUCUUUGUCGGGAAGCUGUUACCUGAAAGCUACUUGGUGUGCCAAGAGAAAAGGCUUGGACGCAUCAGACGGAGUGGUCAAGUUAGCCUCAGAAGUAAGGUUGAUUGUUUCUUCGGCCUCUGCAUGUAAAGGCAAACCAGUGUCCGGAAUUAUGCUACAUAUUGUUUGACGGUUGAUAAGCGGACAGUAUCUGAGCAGGGCUUAUAAAAGGGAUGACGAGUGAAUUGGGUGACGAUAAAAUGAAAAGGAGAAGUGAUCAUUUGCUACACAUCGUACGGUCAGUAGGAUUCUCAUUUGGGCUGCGAUGACUAUUAUUGGUCAGUAUGUACUAUAGUAUACUAGUUUGUAACGAACCCUGGAGACCGCUUGACAUGAACUGGAUUUU